AUGCCCACUCAGGGGAUGUACCGAAUGCUGGGUUUUCAGCUCGUACCGUUUUUGGUACAGCCUGCUGCAGAAUGUAGUCAGGUUCACCCUUUUACACGAAUCAGCAAAAACAGAGAGAAACAAGAGGCGCAUGCCAAGUCAGCUUCGCCCCUCCGCCCCUCCGUGCACAAGUCCGCAGUUACUUAUGACCAAGAUUUGAUGGAUUGUCAGCACACUGCAGUGGGUGGUUAUCCUCUUAUCCAAGUCCCAGGCUCUCCAAACAUCGCUGGCAUAAGAAAAACAAACAAAGCAACAGAAUUGUUGCUCCAAGUCAUGGGAAUCUAUGAAUUCAUGGUUUUGAAGAAAGAUCGGUUUAACGCGUACGAUGUACACGUCGUUCCUCAUUUCGAGACUCUCCAUCUCGAAGCUGUUCCUUUGGCAGAACAGUUGGAGGGUCUUGAUGAGGUCUUCUGGAUUUCGGAUGCAAUCCGACGGAAUAUGUCGUACUAUGGGCUUGUCGUCCAUUGA